UCUUAUACAUAAAUAACAGUUUAGUUGGCAACACUGUUUUGAUAACCAUUUGAAAUUUUAGUAAAUAGCACUGAAAAGAAAAUAAAUGUUGUGAAGAUUUGUCAACAAAAUUUUGAAUUGUAACUAAACUUAAAAUAAGAUAUUGAAAAGAAUAUUCAGUAUGACAGCUGAUGUAGAAAUAACGGAGGCCGAUAAAUUGGACCAACCCAGAAUUGGCAGUUCAAUAAUUACGUUUCCUGCUGAAAUAGCAAAUAUAUUCGACUUUUUAAGCUUAAAUGACCAAAUUGUAUUUAAAUCUCAGCAAAUUGACGAUCCUGAAUUGCAACGGAACGAAAAGGUAGACAUUGCCAAAGAAAUCUAUAGCAAAAAUCGUCAGACAUUUCUCAUGCGUUUUGGUUGUUUCUUAAAUGCUGAACAAUUAACGAAUUUUGCAAAUAUUCUCAUGUUGGAGCACACAGACAAUGCACUCAAAAUGGAUGAAAACUACGAGGAGAUGCGGUUAUUAUUGACUGAUUUCCAACACAAACUGCACACGCGUGAAUUGGCCAUAAAAAACCGACGCUAUGUGGCAUUGCAAAAUCUCAUUGAAAAAGGUGAGUAUUUCAGUGAAUAUGAAAUGAUGAUUCGCGCACCAGAACUGUACCAGGAAUUAGUAGGGCAAUACCUGUCAAAAUCAGAGAAAGAUAUACGCGACAGUUAUGAUGUUAAGAAUACUUCAUUUUCCGGUAUUUUGUGGCAUACAGUGCAGCGAAAAGAAAUGCAGGAACUGUUAACUGCCGCAGAUGAAAGCAACAGGCGUGAGAAUGACUUCACAGCGCAGCAACGAGCAAUUAUACUGCCAAAUGCGGCGGAAGCACAAAUCAUCGAAACUGAUUCGAGUGAUGAGUGCACAAAUGAUGCAUACACUGAAGCGUCAGACAAUAGUGUUGAUGUGAAUGUACCACCCGCAUUUCGGCAACAGUGGGGCAACUUCGAUGAUGAGAAAGUGGCUUGUAGUGAAAGUCGUGAACGUAAAACUUUUGAACCGAAACAGUCGCCAAAAAAUAACAUAGACGCUAAUCGUUCAUUUAUCACCGCUGGUGAACGUAAUCUGUUGCGUCAAGAAUUUGUUGAUAUAAUGUAUGAACAAUUUUUGUCUGGUAAGGAUAAGGACUUCGAUUAUACGCAAGUGGAUGAUAAUUCAAAUUUAGAUGAUUUAAAGCAGUUAGAACAAGACAAAGAAGAUGCAUACUUUGAAAGUAGCGAUAACGAUGAAUUUGAAGAAAGGAGCGCAAAUGCUAUAGAGCUUGCGGACGAAUCUGAAGAUGAAUUGGAUGUUUAUAUGAGCCACCUAAACAAGCAUCACAGCUUGAACAAGAAAAAGUGAAACACUCGGCAUUUUGCGGAGCACUGCAACAUAAACUAAUAUAACAAAAACAUUAAAUAGCGCGAUUAUUUAUAAUGAAUGUAAC